AUGACGAAAAGCUCACAAAGAUAUAUCAUCGGCGGCAAUCGAGGACUCUUAAACCCAGGUCCCGAUGAUCUUGCAAAGUUGGAGAAGGUGCAAUCUUCUAUGAGCUCUAAUAGCAGAAAGGAUAAAUUCCGGCGCCAUUGCAGAAGGUUUUGGUGCAUAUAUCUCAUCGCCAACAUCAUUUUCUUGGCUAUAUUUCUGCCAGUCUUUUUCUUGGUUGUGAUCCCUGCCGUUGCCCAACUUGUCGUGAAUAAAUCGGAUCUAUGGAUUGUCAAUGCAGAAGUCCUGAAUCCUACACCUACGACCGUGGAAAUGACAUUAGCAGCCAAGGUGGACCUCAAGCUUGCCCUUGGUGUUCGAUUGGACCCUGUCAUCUUCUAUGCGUUUGCGCGCUCUUAUGGCCACGAGAAUUCCUAUCUGCAAAUUGAUAUACCUGGACAAACAAUCAAAGGAAAUUACACAUUGGGUGUCGCUAACCAACACACCCCUCUACUCAAUCUGACCACCUGGGAGACUUUUGUGCAUCAAACCGUUUUUCAAAAGGAAACCGCACUAUCUCUCUACGGUGUGACAAAUGGGUAUCUCGGGGUGCUGAAAUCUCAUAUUGUACUUAACAAAGAUGUGAUGAUACCAACUCUAAACAAAUUUGAGGGAUUCUUCAUAGCAGACAGUACUCUGAUGCUACCAGCUGAGGACGACGGGACGAAUCUAAUUGCUAACAUAACUCUCCCAAACCCAACUGUUCUUACUUUCCAAGUGGGCACUAUCACACUCGAUCUCAAAAGCGGCGACACGGACCUUGUGAUCGGUAAUGCGACUGUGGAAGACGUUAUCCUACGGCCUGGAAACAACACAUUCCCCCUGAGAGGCGUAAUCGACCUCAAAAAGAUAGUUGCCAAUUUACUCGACGUUCUCGAAUCACAAAGCUCCGCUAUAAGGACCGGCAGUUUGUCCUUGACAGCAGUUACCAGAAAAAUUGUAUCAAACGGCGCCUUGAUUCCCUACUAUACGAACGUUCUUGGCUCAUUGCCUUUAGUGGCAAACGUUGGUAUUGGCGACGUGCUGAAAAACACACUCAAGUACUUGGGCACGGAAAGCAAUCUCAAUUUGACAGGCGCUCUGUCUGGUCUAAUUGACAACGACAAGCGAAGAAGAGGCCCUGCCCUUCUGGAUGGUCCGCGUCGAAAAAGCGGUGUAUUUGAUCAUGAUGCAUUUGUACAGGUCACCCAUCUGAAAAAGAACUCACUGGUCCAAAAGGUUUUUGAAGAUGAAGAUCCCGAGAAGCGCGACUUUUUAAUAGAUUCGUUGGCUCGUUACUAUGCUUUGCUAUGA